AUGUUGGAUAGAACACUCGGUGUACCAGAACAUGAUGGUGAUCGUAAGAAACAUUCUGAAGUUGGUGUACACAAAACUAUCCAGCCCGAUAGCGACGAUUUUGUCGAUGACAUACCUCUGUCUCGUUUGGCAGAAAUCAAAAAAACUCGUCAUGGUACCCGACACCGUGCAAGCUUACCCGUAGUACAACAAGGUGACACUUCUACGAAGCUCGAUAAAACAGAAGAAGCGUCGAAUAGAAAUAAUGAUGCACUAGAACGCGCCGGUGGGCUUCCGAAGCGUUCCAAAGUUGGUGCACGCACGAGCCAGUAUGAUGCCGAUGAUUUUGUCGAUGAUGUACCUAUACGCUGUCAGGCAGAAAUCACAAAAUCUCGGAAUGAUAAGGGCAAGCGCAAAAUUGAUGAUACCGACAUUAUAGUCAAACAUUCUGUUGAUGAGGCUCCUGCCGUUGAUGUGGAAAGUGAUGACGAUGAAGUGUUUCCGAGUGUGUUUACGAGGACUUCAGUCGGUAUGUUUGUCAAGGCGAUUUCUGGUCUGUCAAAUGUCAAGAAGAAUGCAGUCUGUGAAAUGGGCUUUGGACGUUUGCUGGAGUUGUCCAUAACUACAACGCCGUUGAAGAUGGGUUUCUGGUUGGUAAACAACUUCAACCACCUGGACCGGAAGCUCCAAUUGUACGAUGGGGAGAAAGUGCACGUCAAGGAAGAAGAUGUAUAUGCUGUGUUUGGGUUGCCUCGUGGAGAGCUCGAGGUUAAUAAUAAAAAGAAGCGAGUUACAUCAAAUCUGUUGGAUGAGUGGAUCGCUCUCUUCGAUGUUAGAAGACCGUCGAACAUUACGGUGUCGAAGGUCUUGGAUAAGAUCAAUGAAUGCGAUGAUGGUGGUGUUUGGUUCAAGCACCAUUUCAUAGUCCUUAUGGUAUCGUGUUUGUUUGAAAGCUGUCUGAAUGGAAUGGCGAACUCCCGUAUAGUGCAUGCACUUGACGAUUUAUCGGACGUUUGCGAUAUGAACUGGUGUUCAUACAUGAUUAAAUGUUCGGUCGACACAAAGAAGACUUAUGCAGGGUCGUUACUGUUCUUGACGUUAUUCUACGUGGACAAGGUAGUGUUUUCCGUGAGAUCGGUCCCGCGGAGGUUCCCGAGGUUCAGCUCCUGGAGUAACGAGUCCUUAAGAAACAGAGAACGUGAUGAGAUCGCUUCGGGGGCCUUCGGGAGAGGUUUUGUGGAUGCAGACGCUCUCGAUAUCCACCAGCUUGAUAAAAUGGAUACGAACUCUGACGACGUCAUUGCUGGGGUCCCGGAGAAUUGUAGUGUACAAGAUUAUGUUCAUGAGUUUACGUCUAAAACACGGCUUCUUGCAACUACCGGGGUUGAAAUACUACAAUUGGUUGAAAAGGCCCCGCAAGUUCUACUUGAAGAUGAGAACUUUGUGAAAAUGAACGAGGCGGCGCAAAAGCUGCUUGGAGUGUACAAUGAAUUGCCACGCAGUGACCCGAACCAUCCCGUUAAUAGUCAGGAAUGUGGCCCAAUCGGAAAAAAGGAUGGCGUAACAGAUAAUACCAUUAGGGGUGGCGUUUCCCAGCAGACCGACGAUGCAUUCUGGAACGCUCCUGAUACAUUAGCUGCACUCGAUGAGGUUAUGAAUGCAAUUGAACGGCGGGACCGCUUCAAGAGGAUGCACAAUGAGGGGCCCAGUUACAGCUUGGGGUUGGGUUUGACUCCAGAUUAUGUUGUUGCCGCCGAUGACGUUGAUGAUGGCACACAUCAGCGUACGAGUGUGGAUAGAGAUAAAAACAUAGCUGGGACGUCACUUACUGUGGAUACGCAAAGAGGGUUGAGAUCUGACUCGGUUGUAGUCUGUACGAGGAAUUCGCUCGUGUUAAGAUGCUCGUGA